GCAAUGUAUCCAUCCAAAUGUGUUGAUCAUGGAAUUGUUCAAGUUUUGAUCGGAAUGGCUGGACAAGAUCUCGAUGGUGGAACAUAUUCAGGUGCAGCGUGGAGUUUAUACCAUGAUCAACAAUUUGGAUAUACAACAAUAUUCGCUAAUCAAACUUAUUUACAUUUCAACUAUUUUCACAAUAGUGAUGAUCAAAUUGCUGAUCAAUUUACUCUUCAAAAAUGA